GGAGAUGGCAAGUCGCUGGUUCCUUUGACAGGUGUGUGUUUCAGCUUUAAGAGACAGACAGCGGCUAUGUACAGCAAAGGGAAAGGAUGUGCGGUUCCUUCGGACGGUCAGGCAAGGGAAAAGUUGGCGUUGUAUGUAUACGAGUAUCUGCUCCAUAUUGGGGCACAGAAAUCUGCACAGACUUUCCUCUCAGAGAUCCGCUGGGAAAAGAAUAUUACUCUGGGAGAGCCUCCCGGCUUCCUCCACUCCUGGUGGUGUGUGUUUUGGGAUCUGUAUUGUGCUGCUCCUGACAGACGGGAAACCUGUGAACACUCCAGUGAAGCCAAAGCCUUUCACGAUUAUAGUGCGGCAGCAGCUCCAAGCCCCGUGCUUGGCAAUGUGACUCCCGGCGAGGGGGCUGCGGGAGUCCCCCUGCCACCCGGCUUCUUCCAGGGUCCCCCUGGAUCACAACCAACACAACACAGUCAGGCACCUCGACACAAUCCCAACAACCCCAUCAUGGGACCCCAUGGUCAGUCCUUCAUGUCUCCUCGGUACCCAGGUGGCCCCCGGAACUCACUCCGGAUAUCAGCACAGCCUCCUAUUGGAGUCCCGGGAUCUCAGCCACUGUUACCAAAUGCAAUGGACCCCACAAGACAGCAAGGUCAUCCAGGAAUGGCCGGUCCGAUACAGCGAAUGACUGCUCCUCGAGGACUAGCUGGGAUGGGACCCCAGAAUUACGGAGGCGCAAUGCGGCCCCCACCUAACUCUUUAGGAGGCCCUGGAAUGCCGGGAAUGAAUCUGGGUCCAGGUGGUGGGAGAUCAUGGCCAAACCCACCCAAUGCUAAUUCGAUACCAUAUUCCUCAUCAUCACCGGGCAGCUAUGUGGGUCCACCGGGCAGCGGACCCUCAGGAACGCCAAUCAUUCCCAGCCCUGGAGAUUCUACCAACUCCAGUGAGAACAUGUACACGAUGAUGAAUCCCAUUGGGCCUGGAGGGAAUCGACCGGGUUUCCCAAUGGGUCCUGGAGCUGAGGGUCCUCUUGGUGGAAUGGCAGGCAUGGAGCCUCAUCACAUGAACGGAACGCUAGGUUCUGGUGAUAUCGAUGGAUUGUCAAAGAAUUCCCCGAACAAUAUGACAGGGAUCAGCAAUCCUCCUGGAACUCCACGUGAUGAUGGCGAGAUGGCAGGAAACUUUUUAAACCCUUUCCAAAAUGAAAGUUACUCCCCAAGUAUGACGAUGAGCGUGUGAGCAAGUCGUACACACUCUCUCUUCUGAUCCUCGUGCAAUCCCACUAGAAAUGAGAAGAAAGCGUGGAUGGCCAUUUGCUAUUGAAACUAAACAAUAUUUAAUGGACAAUUACCUGCGCAGUUGUGUCUGCUGCACUGUGCUGUAGUUAAGUUGGAAGGAAGUCUGAGGCCUGUUGGAGGAAUGGAAGAUGUUAUAUUUAAGC